AAUCUAAUCACACCAUCCGAAAUAUAAACAACAAAGAUGUCAGCUCUCUCUACUCGUCUUCGAGCAACGCAAGGGAAAUGGCGUUUUUUACCGAUUUCUACGAAUUAUCGCCGGUAUUCAGUAGACCAAAGUAAAGGAAAACCAGUGAGAAUCGGGUGCGCCAGCGGAUUCUGGGGUGACACUCCUACGGCAGCUCCUCAACUGAUUCACAAUGGCAAUUUGGACUUCCUCAUGUUCGACUACCUCUCAGAAAUCACCAUGUCCCUCCUUACGGCUGCAAGAGCCAAGAAGCCAGAGCUGGGGUUUGCACCUGACUUUGUGCUCUAUGCCAUUGGACCAUACUUGAAUGACAUCAAACGGAAAGGUAUCAGAGUCCUGAGCAAUGCUGGUGGAAUUAACCCAGAGGGCUGUGCUGAGGCACUGAGGCAGGCUGCUAGCAAGGCUGGUGUUGAUCUGAAGGUUGCUGUUGUUACGGGUGAUGAUCUAAUGCCAGUAAAGAAACAAUUGAUAGCUGCCGGAAUGCCCGAUAUGAAAAGCGGUCUUCCUCUACCAAAAACUGUUCACAGCAUGAAUGCAUAUUUAGGAGCUGGUCCAAUAGCUAAAGCCUUAGAUGGAGGUGCAGAUAUUGUUGUUACAGGCAGGUGCGCUGACAGCUCUUUGGCUCUUGCACCUCUCAUGCAUAGUUUUGGGUGGCAGUCAAAUGAUUAUGACCAGCUUGCAAGUGGCAGCCUGGCAGGUCACUUGAUUGAGUGUGGUGCACAGGCAACUGGUGGUGUUUAUACUGACUGGGAGGCUGUUCCUGACUGGCAUAAUAUAGGCUUUCCAAUAGCAGAAGUGUCAGGCAAUGGAGAUUUCAUGAUCACAAAGCCCCCUCACACGGGAGGUAUUGUCAAUCAGAUGACUGUUGCUGAGCAGAUGCUCUACGAGAUUGGGGACCCACGGGCCUAUAUUCUUCCGGAUGUUGUCUGUGACUUUACUGGGGUCCAGCUAGAGGAGACCAACUGUGGGGUCAUUGUGAAAGGGGCUAAGGGGAAGAAGCCCACUGACUCGUAUAAGGUUAGUGCAACAUAUCUUGAUGGCUACAAGGCUACUGCUGUCAGCUGUAUUGGAGGACCUAGAAGCCGUGACAAGGGCAGGAAAACCGCUGAGGCGAUUGUGCAGAGGUGCCGCAACAUAUUCCAAAUGCUCAAGCUCCCUGACUUCACCCGAGUCCACAUCCAGAUAUUGGGUGCAGAGGAUACCUAUGGGCCCCAUGCAAGUGUUGGAGAAGGUCCUCGUGAGGGUGUCAUCUGGAUCUCUGUCCAUCACGAACAAAAGAAGGCUGUCGAGCUGUUUGCCCGUGAAAUAGCAGCAGCUGGAACUGGUAUGGCCCCUGGACUCACAAAUAUUGUUGGAGGUCGGCCUAGGGCGUCUCCUCUCCUGCGUCUGCAUUCCUUCCUCAUACCAAAAGAUCAGUGCAAGGUGAGUAUCCAUGCUGAUGGGAAAGAGGAAAUGUACAGUGAGACUGCAGAUACAGUUCCCGCUUCCGCCUAUGACUUUCCGGAUCAGCCAGUAUCUGAAGCCUCAGAUUUGACUAAGGGAUCAAAAUGCUAUCGACUGGAGUCCCUGGCUCUGACUCGCAGCGGUGACAAGGCAGACUCCUGCAAUAUUGGUGUCAUUGCAAGGCAUCCUUCUCUAUAUCCAUACCUGAAGGAGGCUCUUACAUCGGAAGCUGUUGCAGAAUACUUUAGACAUGUUUUCCCAGACAAUGUCAACCCCUUGGACUGUGUAAAAAGGUAUGAGGUGGACGGCAUAUGUGGCCUCAAUUUUGUCCUCGAGCAGUCACUUGGUGGAGGAGGAGUGGCGUCACUACGCUCUGAUCCUCAGGGAAAAGCUUAUGGCCAGAUGCUCCUUGACUUCAUCAUAAAGGAUAUGCCAGAUAUCUGCUCUAUCAGCCACUAGUAUGAGAGUCAAACUGUUGUGAAACAAGGAGAGAAAUGUUAAAUUUAGAUUAACAGAGAUUGUUUUCCUUGCUAGCAGGGAGCUCUCUCUUUCUCUUAGCUUUCUUUGUUAAUGCAGAAUUUUUCCUCUCUUGUCAGGAUAUUUGUACACCUUGAACUGACUGCCAUAUCCAUCUUAUACUGUAAUUGAGAUGUGGAAGUAAAUAUUUUUGAUAUAGAGAAAAAAAAGGAUAGGUAUAAUUAUUAAAAAAAAAAAAAAUGGAUGUAAAAUAAGAAUAAUUGUCGAUUGUAGUGGAGUCAUGAUUGUCCAUAUGUUAGGUAUUGUGUAUUGAAAUUGUAUAUUAUUUAAAAGUACAAGGUCUUCAGUAAUGACUUUUAUAACCUUUUUUUGAUAGCUACUAAAAUCUGGACUCUUCCAAGUCAGCAGAAUAUAAUGUAAACAAAAGGAAAAGAUGACUGAAGAUGCAGUUCAUUAAAGACCAAGAAAUAGUAAAGAAGAAAACAGUAUAUGUAAAAUAUUUUGAGUUCUUUACCUAUAAUAUUUCUUUUAAAAGUGCUAAAUUGUAUAUGUACUUAACUUAUGGUGCUUCUUGUAAAUUAAGCUGAUAUUUUGUAGUUCUUGUUGCAGUGAAGUUGAUUUGAAAAUGCACACAAUGAUAUGUAACAAGUAUGUAGUGGACCAGAGUUGGAUUAUACUUGUGACUUCAGUGUGAUGCAUGCACAAAUCUUGUCUUUCAUAUAAUACAGCAGAGUCAGACAAAACCAUUAUAUUUAUGUAAAGUUUGGUAAAUAAAUGUAUAUUUUGUA